AUGUGGACAAAGGGUGGGGCUUUAGUUUCAACAAUUGAAAAGUUUGCAUGUGCAACGCAAACAAUUUCUCCUGUAAGACGUUUAUGUCUUACACGAACAAUUUAUGCAUCUUCAACACAAACAUCAAAAAGUAAAGAAUCAUCGUCCAAAAAAGUGCCAUUAAGUAGAUUUGAACCCGAUACAUUCGUUAACUAUGAAAAACUAUCAACCAAUCUAGAUAUUGUGAAGAAACGAUUAAAUCAUCCAUUAACAUUAUCUGAAAAAAUCCUUUAUUCUCAUUUGGAUGAUCCGAAAAAUCAAAAAAUUGAACGUGGUAAAUCAUAUCUACGUCUACGUCCUGAUCGUGUUGCUAUGCAAGAUGCAACAGCUCAAAUGGCCGUUUUACAAUUUAUUUCGUCUGGUUUACCAAAUGUUCUGUGCCCAACAACAAUUCAUUGUGAUCAUUUGAUUGAAGCACAGAUUAGUGGAGAACAAGAUUUAAAGCGAGCAAAAGAUUUAAACAAAGAAGUAUUCAAUUUUUUGGCAACAGCUAGUGCUAAAUAUGGUAUUGGAUUUUGGAAACCAGGAAGUGGAAUCAUUCAUCAAAUUAUAAUCGAGAAUUAUGCUUACCCGGGUGUUUUAUUGAUUGGUACAGAUAGUCAUACUCCAAACGGAGGUGGUCUUGGAGGACUGUGUAUUGGAGUUGGAGGAGCGGAUGCUGUAGAUGUGAUGGCUAAUAUGCCAUGGGAACUCAAGUGUCCGAAAGUAAUUGGUGUUCGCUUAACAGGUGAAUUAAGUGGCUGGACGGCGCCGAAAGAUAUUAUUUUGAAAUUAGCUGGCAUCCUUACUGUUAAAGGAGGCACCGGUGCUAUUAUCGAAUAUUUUGGUCCGGGCGUAGAAUCAAUCUCCUGUACCGGUAUGGGUACAAUUUGUAAUAUGGGUGCUGAAAUUGGUGCAACAACAUCGGUAUUUCCUUACAAUGCUAGAAUGGGCGAAUUUUUAAAAGCAACAAACCGAGAAGAUAUAGCAACUUUGGCUAAUGAAUAUCAGCAGCAACUAUUAACAUCCGAUGAAGGAUGUAAAUACGAUCAAGUUGUCGACAUUAAUCUUACAGAACUUGUACCUCAUGUCAAUGGACCAUUUACUCCUGAUCUGGCUCAUCCUAUUGCAAAAUUAGGAGAAGCAGCAAAAAAAAAUAAUUGGCCAUUGGAUAUUCGUGUCGGUCUUAUUGGUAGUUGUACAAAUAGUUCUUAUGAAGAUAUGGGUCGAUCAGCUUCUAUAGCACAACAAGCCAUUGACAAAGGCAUAAAAGCAAAAUGUAUGUUUACAGUAACACCUGGUAGUGAACAAGUACGAGCCACUAUUGAACGCGAUGGAAUUGCCGAAAAAUUACGACAAAUUGGUGGAAUUGUAUUGGCAAAUGCUUGUGGACCAUGUAUUGGACAAUGGGAUCGACAAGAUAUAAAAAAAGGUGAAAAAAAUACGAUUAUCUCAUCAUACAAUCGAAAUUUCACCGGUCGGAAUGAUGCCAAUCCUAAUACUCAUGCGUUUGUUGCAUCACCUGAUAUCGUCACAGCCAUGGUGCUUACAGGAGAUUUAACAUUCAAUCCAUUAACAGAUUCGUUGACAGCCGCUGAUGGUUCAAAAUUUAAAUUGAAACCACCAACCGGCGAUAAUUUACCAUCGAAAGGUUUCGAUCCUGGAGUUGAUACAUAUCAAGAGCCUCCUAAAGAAGGUUCCUCAUUAAAGGUUGAUGUUGAUCCGAAAAGUGCACGUUUACAAUUAUUAGAACCAUUUGAAAAAUGGGAUAAGAAAGACUUCGUUGAUCUACCCAUUUUAAUUAAAAUUAAAGGAAAAUGUACAACAGAUCAUAUUAGUGCAGCAGGUCCUUGGUUAAAAUAUCGUGGUCAUUUGGAUAACAUUUCAAACAAUAUGUUUAUUGCUGCAGUAAAUGAGGAAAAUAAUGAGGCAAAUAAAGUUCGUAAUGCCUUAACUAAUGAAUGGGGAAAAGUACCUGAUACGGCUCGUUAUUACAAGGGCAAAGGUGUUUCAUGGGUAGUUAUUGGUGACGAAAAUUAUGGUGAGGGUAGUAGUCGUGAACAUGCUGCACUUGAACCAAGACAUUUAGGAGCUCGAGCAAUUAUUGUCAAAAGCUUUGCGCGUAUUCAUGAGACCAAUCUUAAAAAACAAGGUUUAUUAGCGUUGACAUUUGAUAACCCAGAAGAUUAUAGUAAAAUUAAACCAGACGAUAAAAUCUCUAUACUUGGCUUAGAUAAAUUAGCGCCAGGAGAACCUGUCAACUGUCGUAUUAAACAUGCUGAUGGUAAAACGGAAACAAUAAAAUUAAAUCAUACAUUCAAUGAACCACAAAUUGAGUGGUUUAAAGCUGGAAGUGCUUUAAAUGCAAUGAAAUUAUUUUUCAUCGAAAGAGAUAAACAAAAAUCACAACAAAAACAAAAGAAUGCAUAA